AUGACGCUUAAAGGUCCUCCAAGUCCUCUGCGGAUCCGUCUGAAUUCUGUCUUCCAACCUAACCAAUCUGAGGUGGUUCUGACCGCCGGGUCACCCUUCAAACUCAGUUGCCAUGGUAACGGUUCGGUCCAUUGGACCAGCACUGCCUUCCGCAUGAUGUACAACGACAGAAUGCUGGACCCGGUGGAGGUAAGGAGGUCGAACCCCAGACACACCGGGACGUACCGCUGUGGGUACACCAACAGGAGCCUGGGACACCUGGACACCUGGAUCCACCUGUACAUCAAAGACCCUGCUGACCCCUCCAGUGUGUUCGUCACACCUCGCUCGGCACCGAAUGUUAAGGAGGGCCAGGACUUCCUGUUCAAGUGUCUAUUGACCGACCCGUCCAUCACUAACCUCACCUUCCAAUCAGAGGAGCGGGGCCUGCCGUAUGGCAUGAACGUCACCAUUGAUCGCCAGAGAGGAGCCCUAAUCCGACACCUGCUGAGGUUGUUCAAUGGACAAUACGUUUGUUCAGGCUGGAAGGACGGAAGGCAGUUCAGAUCCGAAACUCUCAGCCUGGUGGUGAUCCCCAGGCUGCGUCACCCUCCCUCCCUUUCUGUCAGCCAGAAAGAACUGGUCCGAAUAGAAGGAGAGAAUUUUGAGCUCACCUGUCUGACCAGUAACCACAACCAUUUCUACAAUGUCACCUGGACACACGUAAACUCAAAGACACUGAACGUCACCGUCAGCCGUCACUAUAAGAACACCCGACCUUACACGAGCAGCACUCUGACGGUCUCAGGUGUCAGUCAAACACACAGCGGAACCUACACAUGUACUGCUGUCAAUGAAGAAGGAGUCGCCACGGCAACUGCACACCUCAUAGUUGUGGAUGGUCCCUACCUGAGAAUCUACCUGCAGCUGGUGCAGCCUGCUGACAACAAGACCAUAGAGGUCAAUGGGGACCUGGUUGCUAACAUUAGUAGCAUGCCAAUGGCGUUGCAAGGAGAGCUAGAAACUAACAGCAGCAGCAUUUCACUGCAAGUGAACUGGGAACUAAUUGCUAACGUUAGCACCAAUAGAAUGGAUGUGAAUGGGCCUGGCAGUGCACACAUUAGCGGCAGCAGAACAGUGGAGUUGUAUGAAGGUCGUGAUGUGACACUGACCUUUGUGAUGGAGGCGUAUCCUCCAAUCAGGAACCAGCACUGGACGACACCAACAAACGUUAACAUUGGCAACAAGAACACGGUGUACCAGAAAAGCUACGUUGCGAUUGGCUACAGGUCGGAGGCGAGUUUGUUGCUGCGGCGGCUUCGUCAGGACGACCGUGGACGCUACUCGUUCCACUUCUCUAACAGGUUCUUCAAUGGCUCGCAGAACAUCGACCUCCGAAUUUACCGAUCUCCAAGCGCGGCUGUCCGUCUGGAGAACAACACUCUGACCUGCAGCAGCUCUGGAUAUCCACUACCCACAAUCCUCUGGUACACCUGCCCCAGGGUCCUGGACACGUGUGGAGAUGACUUCACCUAUCAGGUGUCUCCAACUGAUGUGACCACACAGGAGGAGGAGGAGGAAGAAGAAGUGAGAAGUCACCUCCCUCUGUCAGCUGCUGAUGAUGUCACUGUGGAGUGUGUCAGCUCUAACCACGUGGGAGUGUCUCGCCAAGUCUUUCAUCAUCCGUUUGUAGAUCCUACAAGAAAACCUCAAACGUUCUUCACUCCAGCUCUGAUUGGAGCUGGGAGUGCUGCCGCCGUCCUCUUCCUGCUCUUACUGGUCGUCGUCUACAAGUGGAGACAGAAACCCAGAUACGAGAUCCGCUGGAAGAUCAUCGAGAGCACCGACGGGAACUACUACACCUUUGUUGACCCCACCCAGCUGCCGUACAACUACAAGUGGGAAUUUCCCCGGGACAAACUCCGCCUCGGUGCUGUUUUGGGUUCGGGAGCAUUUGGGAAGGUCGUCGAGGCGACAGCGUACGGUCUGGGAACUGACAACAACGCAACGCGAGUCGCCGUCAAGAUGCUCAAACCAAGCGCUCACUCCGAGGAACGCGAAGCUCUGAUGUCAGAGCUGAAGAUCCUCAGCCAUCUUGGUUACCACGACAACAUCGUCAACCUGCUGGGCGCCUGCACUCGAGGAGGCCCCAUGCUGAUGAUCACGGAGUACUGUAGCCAUGGUGACCUGCUCAACUUCCUGCGGGCUCACGCUCAGGACUUCAUGGCGUCCAUUUUGAGAGUGGACGAAGUGGAAGGGGAGGCCUUCUACAAAAACAUGGUCGCCCAGCACGCCAGGCUCAGGAGUGACAGUGGGAUCUCGUGCUGUUCAGAGUAUCAGGAGAUGCAGCCCGUUCUGAGUCCAGGACAAGCACACCUGGGUGUGCAGACUGAAAGCCUGACUGUUGGUGACCUCAUGAGGUUUUCCCACCAGGUGGCUCAGGGUCUGGACUUCCUGUCUACCAGGAAUUGUAUCCACAGAGACGUGGCGGCGAGGAACGUCCUUCUGACUGACCGUCGCGUUGCAAAGAUCUGUGACUUCGGUUUGGCCCGAGACAUUCGCAACGACGACAGCUACAUUGUGCAGGGAAACGUAAGAGUCACCUGUUCAGACUGUCUUUCACCUGAAGACUCAGAGACACUCAGCUGUUUGUAAAAUGUUCUAGUAUCUUCAGCC